AUGGCCUCCUCCAAGGAACGUAACCUAUCUGAGAAGCAUCCCGAUAUUCUGCAUGAGCUCCCCUACAGUCCUUCCUCGAAUCAGCUGCCAUCUCCGCCUCCUGAUGACAGAGAGGAUCAACAAGCCAGUCGGGACACCGAAAAGGUGUCAAAUUCUCUUCCAUCUUCAGUUGUUUCUGCGAAACAUCACGUUCAAGAAGAGAACGCUGCAUCAAGAACUCCCAAACACGACGACAUAUCUCUUUUCAGGUGUAGCUUGUGGGUAGUUGUAGGGGUCAGCCUCACUCUCUCAGGGAUAUUUGUUGUUCGGCAUGUUCUUCUUCCCCGCGUUUACAGGUGCCCUGACGGUGCCAAAUGCCACGACAACCUCGACCCAAGGGGCCACAUAAUUCCCCGCAUUCAAACCCUCAUGCAAUACUGGCUAAAGGCUGGUACAUUCAUUGCGAGCCUAGGCUUAUCCGAACUCAUUGCUUGCAAUGCUCGACUUGUUCUUCGAAGGAGAGACGAUGCUACUAUAUUGGCCGUUGAGAGGGGCAUCAGCGCUGCUGAAGGGUCGUUGGCAGGUGCGGCUUUGCAAAUAACGGCAGCCCAAUCGCUGUAUCGAAGUGCAUCUCGACUUUGGCAGGGCGGUGGAAAGACGAGACCUGGUGUUCAACAUGGAGUGGGGUGGCUUGGCUUCCUUGCGCUGUCCCAGAUCGCCAUAGGCCUUUUUAUUUCUUUUAUAGUUGGAUUCUCCAUCCCCGAUCUUCACAGUACAACCACCGUUCGCGUAUCAUUUACCUAUCCCGAUAGCUUUACUCUUCCUCGUGCAGAUACCCGCUUUUUCAGUACUGACGAACGCAUUGUGGCAGGUGUCUUGGACAGCUGGUUAGUUGUCCCAAAUUCACCUCAUAUACCGUCAGCCGCAUUUGAUGGAAGUCUAGUGGUUCAAGAUAAUAGAACUACUUUGGCUGUCGACUCACGACCUAGUGGAUUCCAUAUCUCUGGAGAAAUCUCCUGCGGUCUAGUGCAGGGAUGGAAUGUCUCUAUCAUACCCCCAAAUUCCCAAUACAUCGUCAAUAGCCUUGCACCCCUUCCUUCCGGAGUGAAAGCGUAUAACUUCAGUACAACGGACGUGUGGACAGUAGGGUACUCAAACGUCCGACUUGCAGGAGGAUUCGUCACGUUUCCCCAGAUGUCUAACUCAGUUACAAGUCGCCAAUACUUAUGGACCGGAAAUAAUAUCGAUGCGAUUCCUAAUGCCACUGUCUCUUCCGACGGCAAAAUCUUUUACACCAUAUGCAACCAUACCAUUCAUUUAAAUCCCUCGCCAUCUGCGUCCCAGGUGCCCAGUUCUCAGCUAAUCAACCCCAGCACACCUAUCAUUUUCACUAAUCCAAAUGAUCCCUUCCUUGAUCCAUGUCCCAGCUCUGAUCCCUAUUCCUGCGUCGCCUGGUCUGUCGAUGAUGUGAUUGCCGCAUGGUGGUCAACAAGCAGUUCCGCCAAUGAUUUGGUUCCAUUUUCGUGUCCAGGCGGGGUGCUCGCAGGAUUUCAGCUAGGUCCCGACACGGCAGACUGUGCGCUGAACAGUGAAAGGUGGACAAAAACUCUCAAUACCGCUCUCAGCGCCGUCAUUUUUUCUGCACCUUUGUCUGGGAAUACUACGCAAGACCUUUUGGUCCCAACAGAGGCAAUUAACCGAGAUCGAUGGUUGAUUCAACUCAUUAUUCCUGGCUCUCUAUCGAUACUCUACCUUGUAUGUAUAGGCGGCCUUUUCUACCUGUCGAGAAUGGCGAAACCUCCUACUACUGCGUUGAAGCCACUCGACCUAGUUGACAUUCUUUGUACUAAGCAAUAUGAGCGCCAUCCAGAUGACAUACACAUCUCAACAGUCCACAUUCUUUAG